AACACUGACAACACUACAAAUCUAUUACAUUUAUUGAGCAAGUACAAGUAAAAAAGAAGAAAUGUCUACAGCUUUCGACCGUACGAUGGCCUGUAAGGCCGUGGUACGACCCGGCUUUGGCAAGGAGGGUCGACCCAUCGAUCUCUUCGCGAAUUUCUACCGAAUGAAGUUUAACCCAAGGAUAACCGUAUACCAUUACGACAUCGAGAUCGAGCCUAAGUGCCCCAAGUUCCUGAAAAGGAAACUUAUCCACAAAUUCGCCCAAGACAACAAGGCGACCCUGUUCAAAAACGGUCUGCCCGUUUACGACGGAAACAAGAAUGUCUACAGCUCUAUAAAGCUGCCAGUAGGAAAUGAGGCUCAGUCUGUUGAGGUAGAGCUGCCCGAACAAGUCGACUCCAAGGCCAAGAAAUUUACGAUUCAAAUCAAGUUUGCAGCAUCAAUAGACAUGAGUUGUCUAGAACAGGUCUUGAAAGGCAGUGGAUACGGAGAUAUCCCCCAAGAGACCCUGGUUGUAGCUGAUAUUGUGCUCCGUCACUUUCCGUCCAUGAGAUACACGGUAGCUGGCAGGUCCAUGUACCAGCGACCUGAUGCCAACAAGAGGGUCACCCUUGGUGAAGCAACGGAGCUUUGGACCGGAAUCUACACCUCUGCUCGACCAAGUAACUGGGGACUGGUACUGAACGUUGAUGAGAGCCACACUGCUUUCUACGAGGAACAGCCCGUCCUGGACUUUAUGGCUAAGCAGCUGAACAUGAAAGGACCAAUCAACGCUAACUUCAAUCUGAGGGAUGCUGAUAGGAUUAUCCUUGAGAAACAUCUCAAGUUUUUGAGGGUUUCCGUCAAACAUCAGGCCCAAAAGCGGCAAUAUAGAGUCGAGAAGCUGACCAGCAAGACCGCUAGCCAGAUCUCGUUUGAUGUAGAGGGCCGCAAAAUGAGCAUAGGACAGUACUUCAAACAACAGUAUAAUUAUACACUGAAGUACCCUCACCUACCCUGUAUCUGGGUGUCUCCCAAGGAGAAAAACACUUUUAUCCCUAUGGAGGUAUGUGACAUCGUAGCAGGUCAGCGCUGUGUGCGAAAACUAACCGACAACGAGACCAGAAACAUGAUCCGUGCCACUGCUAAGAAACCACCAUUGAGAAAACAAGGAACUGACGAACAAGUCAAAAAGAUGCAGUACCCUGCCGACCCCUACCUCAAACAGUUUGGGUUCGAAGUGGAUACCUCAAUGGUGCAGAUCAAGGGUAAGGUUAUUCAGCCUCCCAAGUUGGGAUACUCCAAUAACCAGGUGGUAACUGCUCAGGGUGGAGUAUGGGACAACAGAGGGAAACAGUUCUUCAGAGCACUCAGCAUUAAGAACUGGGCCAUGCUCAUGUUCCCUCCGCAAAACCAGUGUCAGACUGCUGAUGUUAAGGCGUUCUGUGACGUGAUGAUCAAAGUAGGAAGAGAUAACGGAAUGCAAAUAGCACAGCCCUCUUACGUUAAAUACCUCCGUGAGAAUGAGAUUCAGGCUGUGUGUGCGGAGAUCAAACAGAAAGCUGGAGGAAACCCAAUAGAUUUGGUUUACUGCAUUCUACCCAGGAAUUCCAGCAGCUGUUACCCGCGUAUUAAGCAUGUGUUUGAGAACCAAAACGCUAUCUCAACUCAGUGCAUGGAAAUGAGGAACAUGAAACCACCAAAACCUCAGACUAUUGGUAACAUCCUACAAAAGGUGAAUACUAAGUUAGGAGGAGUCAACAACAUUGCAGCUGAUAUGAUCAACAUUCCCAUCUUUAGCAAACCCUGUAUAGUGAUGGGAGCUGACAACGCUCAUCCAGCUCAAGGAGAAGGCAGCCGACCCAGUGUAUCUGCUCUAGUAGGCAGCACGGACAAGUUCGCUUGUCGCUAUGCCACACAAAUCGGUAUCCAGAAGACAGACGGAAAGAAGGUCAGCAGCCCAGUUAUAGAGAGCCUACAGGCCAUGGUUAAGAACAUGCUGAUCAAGUUCUAUCAAUCUGUCAAGACAAAACCUCAACGUAUUAUCUUCUACAGAGAUGGUAUCAGCGAGGGACAGUUUUAUCACGUCAUGCUUUUCGAGGUUUCUGGAUGCAAUAAAGAAGCUUGUCUUGAACUGGAGGCAGGAUACGCUCCUACCGUCACCUACAUUGUCUGCCAGAAACGUCACCACACAAGACUUUAUGUUCAGAACCCACGUGAUGGAGACAGAUCUGGAAACGUACCCGCUGGAACUGUAGUAGAUCAGGGUGUCACUUCAACUACUGACUUUGACUUUUACCUCAACUCUCACCAAGGAAUUCAAGGAACGAACAAGCCAGCCAAGUACCAUGUACUGGUUGAUGAAAAUAGAUUCCCAGCUGAUAUGAUCUACAAACUUACAUAUCAUCUCUGCCAUGUUUACGCUAGAUGCACAAGAUCUGUAUCCAUCCCUGCUCCAACCUACUAUGCACAUCUAGCGACUGACCGAGCCCGAGCCCAUCUCUCCAACUCAAAGUACAACUUUGACAGCUCAGAUGGAGCUAGCUCUGUGGGCACUGCAAACAGGGGCCAUGGUGCGAGUAGACCUGGCCAAACCAUUGAAGAGAUAUUGAAAGAUAUCAGCCCACACGACGCAACCAAGAAUAAGAUGUACUGGAUCUAAAUAGGUUCAUAUAUGAACUGAGAUAAAUAAUACGAGACAACACAAAAACUUUCAUAAAUUCUUUUCUUGAUUGUUCUUCAUUAUAAAUUAGUUGAGAGUUGAUCGAAAUGAUCGUUGAUUUAAAUGUUAACUGCUUUUUCUUCUCGUUUUUUUCUGAAGCUGCAAAUUUGAUUUUAUUUCAAACGAAUAAAUAUUAUUCGUUAUGAUUUUUAACUUUUUAAAUCAAUGGGUAUUACUCAGCACAGUAUAUUGUUUACAUUAUUAUGCUUUCAAAAUGUAACAAGUUAUCAACGUUUUCAAAUCAUACCUGCUUGUCAACA